AUGUUUUUGGCUCGGGGUUUUGUGGUUUCACUGCUGGCCAUCACUGGUUUAGCACUUCCUAGCAAUGAAGGCGUCAAGAGUCAUCAAAAUAUGGCUCGAAGUGAGAAGUACGCACUCAAAGAGCCGCCCUUGACAACCCCUUGGACCGAUAAAGUCGGGACCAAACCUUGGCCGGAAUACCCACGGCCGUUGCUGCAGCGGUCUGAUUGGAAAAAUCUGAACGGUAUAUGGAAGUAUCAGAAUGCCUCUGAUCUGAAUGCUGUUGAUUCUCCACCAUUCGGAAAAGACCUUGCACAGGAAGUCCUGAUUCCCUCGUGCAUCGAAAGUGGCCUAUCUGGUAUUCAAACCGACUGGGGUCUCUACUCAUGGUUCUCAACAUCUUUUGAAGUUUCCUCCGAGUGGAAGGAUGAGAAGGUUCUGCUCAACUUCGGAGCUGUGGACUAUGAAGCCACAAUUUUUGUGAAUGGUAAAAAGGCCGGGUUCCACCGCGGUGGAUAUUACAGAUUCGCUCUGGAUGUCACAGAAUACCUGGAAUUUGAUCAGCAGAAUGAACUGCUAGUCUUUGUCCACGAUCCCACUGAUGAUGGUGACUAUGUUAUCCCAAUUGGAAAACAAACCCUACGCCCCAGCCAUAUAUUUUACACGCCGUGUAGCGGUAUCUGGCAAAGCGUCUGGCUUGAGGCUGCACCGACAAAUUACAUCACUCAGCUAGACCUUGAUGCAAACAUGGAUGGCCAAGUCAACAUCACUGUACACAGCUCUGCAAAUGGGACAUCUGCAGAAGCCAAGGUCACGGUCCACAAAGACGGCAAGACUGUUGCAACUCACAAUGGGCCUACCAACAAGCCAUUCCAAUUCACGGUUUCCUCGCCAAAACUUUGGUCUCCCGAUUCGCCUAAUCUUUAUAACGUCACUGUCAGUCUGGAGAAAGAUGAAGUGGAAAGUUACAUUGGCUUCCGCACUGUUUCUAGGGGUGUUAUCGACGGAGUUGAGCGACCACUGCUCAAUGGCGAAUUCAUCUUCAUGUUUGGCACAUUGGACCAGGGGUACUGGCCCGAUGGAUUGUAUACGCCGCCGAACCACGAGGCAAUGGUUUAUGAUCUCAAGAUGUUGAAAGACCUGGGAUUCAACAUGGUUCGCAAGCAUAUCAAAGUCGAAACCGAUCUGUUCUACCGAGCAUGUGAUGAAAUUGGCCUUCUUGUUAUCCAAGAUAUGCCUUCGCUGCGUCCACUGCAGUCAGUCCUUCCAGAUGCCGCGCAGCAAGCUGAGUUCGCUCGACAAUUGGAUGUGCUGGUCAAUCAAUUCAAGAGCUACCCCAGUAUCGCAAUUUGGGUCAUUUACAACGAGGGCUGGGGCCAGAUCACUGACACAUACCCCGAGUUCGAACUGACCGAUCGAGUGAGACAGCUUGACCCCACUCGGCUUGUGGACUCUACCACCGGUUGGGUCGACCACGGUGCCGGAGACUUUAGUGACAACCACCAUUACGCCAAUCCCCAGUGUGGCACACCAUUCUACUCCACCGCGUCGAGUCCCUACGAUUCUAGCCGAAUUGGCUUCCAAGGCGAAUUUGGCGGCAUCGGAAACAACGUCUCUAUUGAGCAUCUCUGGAACAACCAAGCGGCUAUCGACACUAUCAAUCAGACCUACGAGAUUGACACCACCAUUGAAGCAUGGAAUUACCGCAGUCACCUUCUUCUCGGUGAGCUGGAAGAUCAGAUCCGCCUGUUUGCAUGCAGUGGAGGGGUCUGGACUCAGACUACCGAUGUCGAGGGCGAGGUCAAUGGGUUGAUCACCUAUGACCGACGGGUCUCGAGAGUAGACGAGAAGCAGUGGAAGGCGGACAUUCAGGCACUUUACGACGCUGCCGCCGCACGGGGCAGCAACUCAACCAAGGAAGGCCUUUAG